AAACGUGUCAGACGGGGUCGAUACAAGCCGGCAUUUUUGGGGGAGGAUUUACAGCAAUUGCAACCUUUUUUUUGUUUAAAUGAGUAGUGGAUUCGUUUUAUUUGUUUUGGAAGUCAAAUCAGCGAAAUCCAUAGAAAUUCUUUCCACUGGGUUGAUAAUUUUAGCUUUUCUUUAUGCAUUUCAUCACAUCACCUUGUAGCACGAUGGCCCUUUGCAGUUGCGUUUGUUAGAUCUUGUAGGAUGCAGCUGACGUGCCCCGCCAUUCACAGGCUUGAGUCAUCAGAUCAAGGUUUUUUAUUUUCAUUUUUUCAAAAUGGACACUUUUGUCCCACUGGGUCUUGUGGCGGCCGAGAUAAGAGCAUGUGCAAAGGCCUUUGAACCACAAAGCUUUCAUGGCAAGUUCAACUGGCCUUCUGCUUUCCAUUUUGAAAUGAAAGCUAGCCAUUUGGUUACCUUUCUAACCGACACACGCUGUCCCAGUUUAUAGCUGUGCCUUUGAGCUCUUUGUGAUGGUGGUCGGCUCAAACGCAGGUCUGAUGUUGCAGGUUGUUUAGGGUUUGUUUUUUUUAUAUCUGCAACCCCUACCCACCUUUCCCUUCCAUUUGCAUGGUGACACUUCGCCAGCCAGCUGCUGCCGCCUGGCCCUUCCUUCAUGUUGAAUUCUAAUCAUUACUUUCAAAGGAAAGCGUCACCUAAGCUCCUUUAUCAAGUGUUUGAUAAAGGCUGGGAGGAGGCAAGCCGCUGUCCAACACCCACUCAGACUCUCCUCUUCUUAAGACGUGCUCAGGAAACAGGGAGCUCCUUCUGUUUGUAGCCCACUUCUUUGAGUCUGGACAAAACAGGACAUGGAGGAAGAAGUGAUGCCAUGAGGCUUAUUCUAGUCAAACCCAGUAAUGCAACACGACGAACUGAGUCAACGGGCGAGGUUUUUCAUGAUGGAGACCACGAACAAUGUGUGUCUGGAGGUCCUGAGGACAAGCAGGACUCCUGCCCAGAAACCUCAGGGGACCGGUCUUCAUCCCCGCAGGAGAAGAGUCAGUGCUGUGCUGAACGACUGAAUGGCAUCAGUCGCCCAAGAGGUCCGGUCCAGAGGUCCCCACUGAAAACUCAGAGCCUCACCUUAUCUCAGCUGAGUGAUCAGGAUUGGCUGCUCCUCUGCAGCCAGGUUGGCGGAGUGGGAAAUGAUCUGCCGUCAGUGGAAAUAACAGGGUCUGUUGUGGGGAAAAACUACGACAGAUGUAGCUGUGCUUGUCCCGAUGUUCCCCAAGAUUCGGUCUCUCCCGGUUUUCAGCGUCAGUCUAAGCAGGGCACAGACUGUGACGGCAUUGCAAGGUUCACAAAAAAAAGAAAUCAUUCAUCGAGUCACUCCCAGUUUGUAGACACACGCCUUUUAACUACUCACAGGGUUUUAACACCAGAGCGUUGCAAGCCUGCAACAAACUGUCCACAAGAUACAAGCCGACCUGAUCAAUUCAGCCCAAAAAAGCAGCCCUGCAGCAGCCAAACAACUCGCUCAAAUUUGUUUAACAUUCCUAUGAACUCCACUGACUAUUCCAGCACCAAUGCAAAGCUGCAUAAGCAGCCUGCGGUCAGCGCUCACAUUAACUGGAGAGAACUGUUUGGAAAAGAACCACUGGUAAUCCAGGAACCUCUAAGGAAAAAAGCCCACUGCUCAGUACCAGAUGACCAAAUCAAAUCACCAGGAGAUCCAACCUUUGUGCUUAAGAGCCGCCAUCUUCCAUACAGCCGUCAGAGCAGCUGUCAGUGGGGGAAGAGGUCAACGACGCCGGUCAGUCAGAAAAGCAUCAAGUCUUUCUCAGUCAGCCAUUGUAGCUCUUUUGAGACCCAGGAGUUGUUGGAGGAAAAAACAAGACAAAUUCAGACAAAUCCUCAUCACCUCAGUGAAUCUAAACUGACCCCCCCUACACACUCCCCUCUACUUCCUGACACCUCAGAAACUGUCAGCUCGAUAAACGGAGACGUGGUGCGACCGUUCAGCAGCCACAGCACUUUGAGAUCGAGCCUGUUGGAUCUUCAGGCAGGCCAACAGCUUCUCCACAGUGCCAUCCUAGAGGACGCCUUCUCCAAAGUUAUCAGGGAAGACUCCAGGAAGGCCAACAGCAGGAACCAGGUCAGACCGGAAGGCAGCGUCCCACAGAAGAAGACAAAGGACAUAAGCUACCGGCUGGGUCUAAGGAGAGCUCUCUUUGGGAAGCGAAAACAGCUGAGCGAUUACGCCUUGGUCUGUGGGAUGUUUGGAAUAAUCAUCAUGGUUGUUGAAACUGAGCUCUCCAGAGCCUUUUAUAGCAAGGAAUCCACGUAUUCUUACACACUGAAAAGCCUAAUCAGUGUUUCUACGGCCUUUCUGCUUGGACUCAUUUUGAUGUACCAUGCAAGGGAAAUUCAGCUUUUCAUGGUGGAUAAUGGUGCGGAUGAUUGGAGGAUAGCCAUGACCUUGGAGCGGAUCCUCUUCAUUGCGUUGGAGCUCGUUGUCUGUGCCAUUCAUCCCAUUCCAGGCCAGUACGUGUUUUCAUGGACAGCUCGACUGGCCUUCAACUACACCUCAUCCCCGUCUGAUGAUGAUUUUGACAUCAUCCUCUCUGUGCCAAUGUUCCUGCGCCUGUACCUGAUUGGCCGGGUGAUGCUGCUCCACAGCAAGCUUUUCACAGAUGCUUCUUCACGCAGCAUUGGGGCGCUGAACAAGAUCAACUUUAACACUCGUUUCGUCAUGAAGACCCUAAUGACCAUUUGCCCCGGCACAGUGCUGCUAGUCUUCAGUGUAACCUGUUGGAUUAUUGCAGCUUGGAUUGUGCGCAUAUGUGAGAGCCAGGUGUCAUAUCUCAACAGGUAUCACGACACACAGGAAGUAACCAGCACCUUCUUGGGAGCAAUGUGGCUGGUCUCCAUCACCUUCCUGUCUAUUGGAUAUGGAGACAUGGUCCCACACACCUACUGUGGAAAAGGUGUUUGCUUGUUGACAGGAAUUAUGGGGGCGGGCUGUACAGCCUUAGUGGUGGCUGUAGUUGCCAGGAAGUCUGAGCUCACCAGGGCUGAAAAACACGUCCAUAAUUUUAUGAUGGACACUCAGCUCUUAAAAAAGAUAAAAAAUACAGCAGCAAAUGUACUGCAGGAGACGUGGCUAAUCUACAAAAACACCAAGCUGGUUAAAAAGAUUGACCACGCCACUGUACGCCACCACCAGCGGAAAUUCCUGCAGGCCAUCCACCAGCUGCGAAGAGUCAAAAUGGAGCAAAGAAAGCUGACUGACCAGGCCAAUACAGUUGCUGACGUUGCCAAGACUCAAAACAUGAUGUAUGAUCUGGUGUCGGAUUUGCAGCAUCGAAGCAGCGAGCUGGACAGGAGGGUCGUGGUUUUAGAAGAAAAACUGGACUCCCUCCUUCUUGACAUGCAGUCACUGCCUGUGGUUCUUUCCCAAGAAAUAACAAAGCUGCAUAAAGAUUUCUUGGAUGAUUUAGCAGGCCGCGUUCACUUCCUCUCAUCCUCCUAUAGCACUGAGUGUUGCUCAGCGCCUGCUAAACAGCUCUGUCCAGAGUUCACCCCCAUAGACACAACAUACAGCUGACAGGCCUCACGGGUUCUUUUUAGGGUGGGAUAUUUCCUCUCCCUGAGCUGAAUUUUCCAAACAGCUCCCCUUCUAAAGUGGGAAAAAAAGUUAUUUAAUCACAAAAUGUCUGAAAGGCAAUACUUUACUACUAAUUUGUGAUGCAGAAAGUUGUUUUAUUUCUAAUUUAAAGUCCUAUUCCAAUCAUCUUUUGAUUUAUUUUCAAAUUGUUCCCAGUUGUCUUUUAGUUACGAAAAUGCCAUUUUCAUCUGAACUCAGAAAUCCUGUGUUGUUUUCUAGUACAUAGUUCCUGCAGAGCGGCAGUAGUUCAAUAGAAAUUCAUAUAUGAGUUGUGGGCAGAACUGUUGGUGCGCAGUGAGUCUGUCUUCGACUUCCCAUCAUCCAUUUGUUUAUACUCUCCCCCGCUGGCUUAAAGUCCUUUACAAUCCCAACAUAAAAAUACCUGUGUAACAAAUAUUGUAAUAAACAAAUAUUGGAACAAUACAAGCUGUAAAGUUUUCGGCCAGCUCAGACGAGGAAAACAAAGAUGUGCAUGGAUUUAUUUGUUUGCAGGUGGAUGCAUCAGAAUAGAAGCAGAGAGCUUGUGCCCCGCCGAUUAUGGUUUGUACCAAACAACUACAAGUGUUUUCCAACAGCAUUUCUUCAUCUGCUCCUGAUUGUCAACUGCGUAAUAAGUUUAUUUCAGAUCAAAUCAACAUUUACCUGAAAAAAAAAAAUAAGUCAACACACAACUUGGAAAAUAGGAUUUGAAAGGGGAAUGGAAUGGAGUCGCCACGAUUUGAAUAAAGAAAUACUCAGAAA